GUCUAUAAUGCACCGCGCUCUGCAGUUGGACGACAUCAUUUACAUACUCUUCCGCCAUGUUAAUGAACUCAAACCAUCUACGAAAUAUUCAGUACUAGGGGAUGUUGGGCGGAAGACUCUUGCGACUCUUGCAAGGACGUGCCGAACAUUCCACGAACCCGCCUUGGACGUGUUGUGGGGAGAUCUGUACUUUCCGCACCCCUUGGUAGAAUGCUUACCGAACUCGCGCGAUCAGUGGUACCUGGAUGAUCAUACGAAUAUCCUGACCACUAGCGAUUGGGAAGUUCUGCAGAAAUAUGUCCCGCGAGUCCUGUCUUUGACAAUAUACCAGUGCUAUUCAGAGGCACCCUUUUAUCACAACGUCUUGACUGCUCUUCGACAGCAGCCCGUUGCUCAGCCUCCCCUCCCAAAUUUGCAGCGUCUUGAUUGCCGCUACCUCAUCCCUGAAGACUAUCCCCUCCUCGAUAUUUUAUUUGUACCAUCUAUGACAGAUCUUACUCUCGAGAUUCUUCCUGUCAGUUUUCCCAAUAUUCCACUGUUCAUCUCACCUCUUGCCACUUUAUGCCCUCGUUUAACAUCUCUCCACCUUUUCGGUUAUGGGUCGCACGAGCCCAUCAAGGCCGCUGUGUCAGAUGUAAUCAUGGGCCUCCCUCAUCUGAAGAUGCUUCAAUGCGAUGAACUCAGCCAAGCAGCGAUCACUUUCGUUGCAUGGCACCCAUCGUUGACCGAACUGGAUAUCAGUAUCCCGAGUGACCAUCAAUACGAUUUUUCACAGUUUCCGCAUUCCACUCUCCCUCGGAUUCCACCUUUUUCCCGGAUCAAAAGCUUUGGGAUGAAUUCCAGUCAUCUGACUGACAUCACUGCAUUUAUUCAGGCAGUCCAACCCUCGCCUUCUCAUUUGCAUAUUAAGGCGGUCCAAGGGCCGUCAUCUCAAGGUUUACAGGAAUUUUUCAGCACCUUGUCAAAUCAACGGAGAUGUGAUUCUAUGCAGAGUCUUCGAUUCCAGCCCAAUAAACGUUUCCCAGCUGCAUCCAUCGAUAUGGAUACCAUCAAACCUUUACUUCGCUUCUCGAAGCUGCGAGAGCUCCUUCUCUCGACACUCGGGUCCUUUCAAUUCUCAGACGAGGAGCUCGCUGUUAUGGGUUCUUCUUGGCCUUGCCUUGAAGUCAUCACCCUGAAUGACGGUGAUGGGCCCUGGCGAGUAAGGCCAUCCCCCAUCACUCUGCGCGGCCUCCUCUUACUGGUGGAUAAGUGCCCUCGUUUGAGGAGCGCUCACCUAGCUAUCAACGCAUGUGUGUUGGAGGGGAUAGAGGAGCCUCCUGUAUCGAUGGUUGGCGCCAAUGACCUUCAGGAUCUCGUGCUUGUGGAAACAACCGUCGAAAAUCCUAGAGCUUUUGCUCUCAUCGUCUCUCUAGCUUUUCCGAAGGUGAAGGAGGUAGUAAUGCCCCAUUCGUGGUGGCGUAUUUCGUCUGACGAGCCUAAGUGGGGCAAGGUGAAUGAAUACCUCGAGAUGUUCAGGUCAUCCGAGGGGGACAUUGAAGGAUCUAGUUGUGUUGGUGCCUGAAAGCUGGUUCUCCGUCUCCCGUGUACCAAUGCAUACUAACAUAUUUUGAUUGAUGUAGUACAAGUGAUUGCCGCUGCGGGGCUCGUCUGAUCAAUAUGAUUGUAUUUAACAACCUGAGAG